AUGGAGCCAUUAGAGUCGGUCGUGCAGCCGACAAGCACAGAUAUUUUUAAACCAUCUGAAAUAGUCACAAAUAGAACAUCUAGUCCAUCAUCAUCUCUUGUUCAUAUUUUAUCUGGUAAGUUUGAAAUGGACAUUGUAAAUAUUAACAUAUUGUCUAUAGUGGGGAGUAAUUCCAUUUCUGCAUUUUUUUCAUGGAGACUUCAAUCUAGCAAUGCAUGCAAGGUUACUCUUGUUUGGCGUAAUCAUUUUGAUGCAGUAUCUUCUUACGGUAUUUCUUUUAAAUCCAAUACAUAUGGUUCAGAACGUUUUAGACCUCAUCGAAUUGUUCAAACGAUUGAAGAAGCCAAAGACCCUCAUUACCCCUUUGAUUAUAUUUUUGUAUGUAUUAAAGCUCUUCCAGAUUUAUACGAUAUAGCAACUAUUAUUGAGUCAGUUGUUACACCUUCCCAUACUUGCAUUAUCAUUAAUACUAGUAAUGCCAUUGGCAUUGAAGGUCAACUUAUAGAACGGUUCCCAAAAAAUCUUGUUCUCUCACUUGUUUCAGAGGCAACAUUUACUCAACUAAAUGUUGCUGAUUAUGAGCAUUCUGGUCCUACAAACGUUUGGAUAGGUCUUGUACAGCCAAAUUCGGUGCUUCCUGAAGAGAUUCAACGGGAUAUGAUAGAAUCUUUAACAUUAACUCUAAAAGCAGGGAACGUUGAAUGUCAUUUUUCAUCUAAUAUUCUUCAACAGCAAUGGGAAAAAAUGAUUGGACCUAUCGCAUUUCAUCCUAUUAGUGUGCUUUUUGAUGAGCCCAAUCAUUCCGUUCUUUUAGAAAAACAAAAUGCAAAAAAAAUAAUAUCUGGCUUGCUUGACGAACUUUUACGAAUAGCAAGAGCACAGAAUUGCAAUUUUGAUAUUGAUUUCAAAUCUAAAAUUAUGAAUACAAUGGCUGUUGAUACAUCUCAAUCUAUAAUGUUUCAAGAUUAUACCGCUCGACGCCCAAUGGAAAUUCAUGUUUUUCUUGCUAAUCCUCUAGAUAUUGCAAAUAAACACAACAUUGAUGUUCCUAGAUUAGAAAUUAUUCAUGCUCUUAUGCACAAUCUGAAUAAUUGUAAAAACAUCCAUAAACCGUCACCAUCAGCUUCAAUAGCUUUUUCUCGUCAACUAUCACCAAGACCUACAGUUAGCAAAGAACAUCACAAACAUCAUUUAGUUCAUGAACCAAAUGGAUAUAAUGUACCAUCAGGGGAUCGACAUAAUUACAAACGUCGUUCUCCACAACCAUUAAUCAGACGAGAUUCUUUAGAAGGACUUCAAGAAUUUGCAGAUAUUGCUAUGUAUGGAGAUAUGAUUCAUGUUUCAAAUACAGAUGAUAAUGAAACACAUGAUUAUAAAAACUAUGUUUGUAAUAAUAACAAUAACUCAUACAAUUAUGCUCCAAGACAAAGAAGAGGAACAUUAUCUCAUGAUUCUAUGUCAAUAAAGGAAAAAGAAUUAGCAUUAUAUAGGCGUGAAAGAAUGUUAUACGGGAAAGAAAUGUUAGAGCACAAAAAAAAGGCAACACGAUAUCCAAGAAACCAUAUUAGUGAUGAAUAUAGUACAACGUCAUAUGGUUAUGAUGAUGAUGAUUAUGGUGAUUUUCCUGUUUCAAACGGACCACCAAACGUACCACCACCAAUAAAUUCAGACAAUUUUGAUAUGAUGAGCAUGACUUUUCGACGUCAUAGAAAAAAUACUACCAAAAUCUCAGCUAAUAGUAUACGGAAUACUUUUAAUAACAGAUCUGAUAUAAAUAAUGACUAUAUGACAUGGGGAGGACGCCAGCGUUCACGUUCAAGAUCUCAACAAUAUAGUUUAUUGGAUUCUAGUUUAUUGGACACAUGUGAUUAUAUGCAAAGCAAUCUUAUGUUAGGUUAUUCUUCAAAUCGUUAUGGAACAGUCGAUUCAAAAGCAUUGGUUAAUUCACGAGCAAAUUCUUUAACUACAACAGGAUCCAAUGAAAUGCGUGACUCUAAUAUGUAUUCAACCUACCAUAAUCAUCGUUCUACAAUACAACAUGCUUCUGUUAAUGAUGUAAUUCCUGCACAUAAUUCGCAUCAUGUUAAUCAUCCAUAUCCAUCAACUAUGACCUCUGGAGGAGUUCCAAGAAGCGCACAUCAACGAGUCCCUUCAGCAUCAUUAACAUCAUUACAACAUAUGCCGCCUCGAAAUAUAGGUAUACAUCCUCAAUUAUCACAUGGUUCUUCAAAAAAUAGUUCAAACGUGAAUCCUCAUAGAAGUUUAACCGGAAGUGCAAGUGCAAGUAUAACCAGUAACGGAAAUAGAUGUGCAUCAGGAAGCGGUAGUGGGCAUAGUAGCAUAAGUUCUUUUGAAAGAGGUGGAAUGAUUUAA